AUGGGCAUAAAAAAGCUACCCAGCUACAAGGAUUACUGGUCCUCACGAUUGGAAAUGAGAGAUCCAUUAAUAAGUUCAAUAAUGUCAAGAGACAGGUUUUCAUGGAUGUUAGCCAACCUGCACCUAAACGACAACUCUGUACAGCCUGGCCGUGAUCACCAAAACUUUGAUAAGCUUUACAAAUUACGGCCUUUGUUAGAUGUAUUAUCUGAUACAUAUAAAAAUGCUUUGAAACCAAGUCAACAUCAAGCUAUUGAUGAGUCGAUGAUCCGAUUCAAAGGACGAAGCUCCCUAAAACAGUAUACGCCAAAGAAACCAGUAAAACGUGGCUAUAAAGUUUGGAUUCGUUCCGAAAAUUCAGGAUACGUAUGUCAAUUUCAGAUUUACACUGGUAAAAUAGGUCAAAUGACCGAAAAGUCUCUUGGUGGUAGAGUUGUUAGAGACCUUACGAGAGACUUAGUUGGAAAAGGGUACGAAAUAUAUAUUGACAAUUAUUUUAAUUCAGUCGAGCUGCAAAAACAACUUCAAACUGAAAUGAUUUACGCUUGCGGUACCGUCAGAAAAGAUCGAAAGAAUCUACCAACAGAUCUACUAGAUGACAAGCAGUUAACAAGGGGUGAAUUCGAUUGGAGAGUUAGCACUGAUGGGUUGACCUUUUUGAAAUGGAUGGAUAAUAGGCCAGUCCAUUUUUUAACUAAUUAUCUGGAUCCAUGCAAAAAUCAAUGCAUGGGUUUCCCGCAGAAAAAAAGAUGGUUCCGCGGAAGAUGUUACUUGUCCUGA